AUGAGCUGUCAGCAUUUGGAUCAGAUAUUUCGGAAUGAAAAGACUCGCGACGGGGUGCUGAGGGCCUACAACAUGAUUCGAUACAUCAUCGAGCACAGCAGCUUCCAGAACAGGCAUUUACACUCAAUGAGAUGUUCUGAAUGUCUAGAAAUUAAUUGUGGAUCAACCUUCAUGUGUCUUCAGUGUGGAGUGUGUGGUUGCUGGAACAAAAGCCAUUUCGCACUUCACAGCAAAAAGGCGGGACAUAUUUUUGGAGUGAACUCUAGCAACGGCCUUCUGUUCUGCUUCAAAUGUGGCGAUUAUGUGGGCGGCAACGAAACGCUGAUCAAUUCUACGCUCGUGAAGUACUGGGACGACAUCUCCGUGAAAAGUAGUUUGCCUGUUGCAAAAGGCAGAGACGGUUUGUGCGGCCUAGUGAAUAUGGGGUCAACCUGUUUCAUGAGCAGCAUUAUUCAGACGCUAGUUCACAACCCGUACGUCCUUAAACAGUGUAUGAACCAGAAUCAUUAUUCUCGUUGUGACAUCCAAGACAGCUCAUCGUGCUUUUCCUGCGCUUUGGAUCAAAUCGUGAUGAACUUUUAUGGCCCAACCUCCGAUGCAACGUUUACUUCGCAACAACGCGGUUUCGUAGAUUUGCUCCUUUGCUCCUGGAAGACGAACAAGAAUUUGGCAGGUUACUCGCAGCAGGACGCUCACGAGUUUUUGCAGUUCUUUCUAAAUCAACUACACGCAGACCAUGUCAGGGUCGCACAGACCAACGUAAAAGCGGAAAACUGUAACUGCAUUCUACACACUGCUUUUCAAGGUUCUCUCAGGAGCUCAAUUCUUUGCACAGACUGCCAGGAUGGCAGUAACAUUACUUUUGACCCAAUGAUGGAUCUGUCACUCGAUAUAAAAAACAAAUCAACACUGGUGGAGUGUCUUCAGAGCUUUCACAAGGGGGAAAGACUCACGGACUUUAAUCAUCAUUGUUCCAGUUGCGGAUCCGUGCAAAAUCCAAUAAAGCAAAUGACUAUCGCAAAGCUUCCUCCUGUGUUAGUUUUGCAGCUAAAAAGGUUUGAGCAUCUUAUGAAUGGCAAUAACGUGAAACUUAAUGGAGAAAUAACAUAUCCUGCAUACCUCAACAUGGCCCCCUUUUGUCAUCAUAGCGAAGCUCGCUCGGUGCCAGAUAUGGUGUACGAAUUGGUAGCUGUGAUCUCGCAGGAGGGCUCUGUGAACCAAGGUCAUUACACGUGCAUGUGUAAGGUACCAGGUGGUCAGUGGUUCCGAUUCAACGAUACAAUGAUCGUUAGCAUUACAGAAGAAGACGUCCUUCGGCAACAAGCAUAUUUACUUUUCUACGUCAUCCGCCAAAUCGGCUAG